AUGACUGAUAACGAGGACGAUUAUGGACCCGUAAUUUCCGCUUGGGGUUCACAAACUGCUAAUGAUCCUACUGCUCUUUGGCAUACGCUUGCUGAUCCGGAUGCAAAGCCUAAUCCAAAAGGUAUCGGUAGUGGUAACCUCCAUAGACGCGGUAAAAAUUAUAUACCUGUAUCAGAAGAACAGAUCCUUGCGCAUCGUUUACAGCAAGGAGCAACAAAAAAAAAGUUGACUCCUAAUGAAUCUAAAUCUCCAAAAAAGAAGAAAGAAAAUACCAAUCGUUCUCCAAAAAAACCUUUACAGGCAUCUCCAAAGCCAAAAUCAUUAGAAACAACACCGUCAUUUACUACUUUACGUCCAAUCAAGAAUGAAGAAUCAAGUCGAUGGAAACAACUCGUUGAAACCCCAUUCUGGGAAAUUCAUGAGAACAAUGUAAAUACUAUUUCUUCAAGUUCUUCAGAUAGUAAAGAAACCAGUGGAAAUAACCCAUGGUCACUGGCUACAACAACAGAGGAACUUUCAGAAAGCAACUGGGAUAAGGCCGAGACAAACAGCUGGGACACAACUAGAGCAACACAUGAUCUGAGCGGAUGGGACGACAGGACCACCGACCGUUCAACUACCAAUAUAGAUGAACAAUCAGUAACAGAGACAAUAAGUACGCCAAAAGAUGAAAUGAUGAUAACAGAUAAAGUAGAACAAGCAGACGGCUGGGCUGCUGCUGCCAAGCAAUCUUGGGGGAUUGCAGAAACAAAUGAUUCAAAUGAUACAACUGAUAGCUGGGGAACGCCUGUAAAUAAUCAAUCAACAGGUUGGGGCGUAAUAGCCGAGGAUAACAAAGCAGAUGACUGGACAACCGCGGCAUCCAUUGUAGGAGCCAGCACCACGGAUUGGGCAUCACAGCAACGUACAGAUAAAAUAACCAGCUGGAAUAUGACAUCACAACAAUCUGCUCAAGAUGACUGGGGCACGGAAAGUAAGAAACAAUGGGGAGCAACUAAAGAUUAUUCUACAAACGAGCUUAUGAAACCUGCUUGGCUGGCAUCCCCAGCUGAGAAGGAUGAUCGCAAUGCAAAUGGCAAGCUGCGAUUCUCUAAAGCCAACAAGAAGAAAUACUCCGAAUUCAAAUAUUCAGAUGUGCCCAAGCCAAUGAACUAUGGAAGAAAUAAAGAGAUCCCUAUACCCGGUGAUAUUGCUCCAGCCCCUCCACCAGAGAAUGCCGUGUUAGUAACGGUCAAUGUAGAACUAAGUGCCACAGUGAGCGUUCCGGUGACAAUCAAGGAAUUGGAUAAACCAGAGAAACUGGCGGUAGAAUUUGCCAAGAAAUACAGUCUUCGAUCGGAUAGUGUCAUUCAGGCUCUGCAAAGUCUGUUUGAAAGUCAAAAGGAAACUGCCCUUAAAAGCAAGCACAAAAGACUGCAAAAGAAAAAGUUGUACCAGGCAUAUCCAACAAACACAUCUAAUUGUUAUCCGUCGAAAUAUCCUUCCAAUGAUAAUGUACAUACUAAGCAUACCCGUUUCUCAUCAAGAACUUCAUUCGCUUCCACUGCUGAGCAAGUGCCACUCGCAAGAAAACAAUACUAUUAG